AUGUUGUUCUCAUUUCUACAAGUAGCAGCUUUAGCGGCUACUGCCACUGCUCAAUCUGCUGUCUCUUCGGCCUCCAACUCCACAUCUUCAUACCUUCCAAUUCUGGGUCCAUAUGGAAACUCGCCGCCGGUCUACCCUUCUCCAAAUGCCACUGGAAUUGGAUGGGAAGCUGCUUUAGAAAAGGCCAAGGCAUUCCUUGCUCAGCUUACACCAGAAGAGAAGGAUGAUAUGGUUACAGGAAAGCCAGGCCCAUGUGUGGGCAACAUUGUACCUAUCCCACGUAUUGGUUUCAACGGGCUUUGUCUUCAAGAUGGUCCCCUAGCCAUUCGUGUUGCCGAUUAUGCUAGUGUUUUUGCGGCUGGUGUCUCUACCGCUGCAUCUUUUGACAAGAAGUUGAUGUACGAGCGUGGUCUGUAUAUGGGUGAGGAGUUUCGCGGCAAGGGAGCCCAGGUUGCACUUUCACCUGUCGCCGGCCCUCUUGGUAGAUCUGCCUAUGCUGGCAGAAACUGGGAAGGAUUUUCUCCAGAUCCAUAUCUUACAGGUAAGGCAAUGGAAGAGACUAUCAAAGGUAUCCAAGCCGCUGGUGUUCAAGCGACUGCCAAGCACUGGAUUGCCAACGAGCAAGAGACUCAACGAAACCCAACAUACAAUGGAUCUGUCAUCGUUCAAGAAUCAAUUUCAUCCAACUUGGACGACCGGACUAUGCACGAGCUUUACAUGUGGCCAUUUGCCAAUGCCGUCCGUGCUGGUGUUUCCAGUGUCAUGUGCAGUUACCAACGUUUGAACGGAUCUUAUACCUGCGAGAACUCAAAGGCCUUAAACGGGUUGUUGAAAGAAGAACUUGGCUUUCAGGGAUACGUUAUGAGUGAUUGGGGAGGAACUCAUUCCGGUGUCCCGUCGAUUGAGUCCGGUCUCGACAUGAACAUGCCAGGUGGACUUGGUCUUUACGGACUUACUUUUGGCGAAGCCUCUGACUUUGGCCGAAACGUCAGCAUUGCAGUUUCAAACGGAACUCUCGAUGCAUCUCGAGUUGAUGAUAUGAUCAUCCGUAUCAUGACUCCAUACUUCCAUCUCGGUCAGGAUGUCGACUUCCCCCUGGUUGAUCCUUCCAGUGGAGAUCUCAAUACCUUCUCGCCAACCGACACAUGGUUCAGAUAUUUCAACUUGAACGGUACUCGUUCUCGCGAUGUGAGAGGAAACCACAGCGAAUCUAUUCGCGAGUUGGGUGCUUCAGCUACCGUCAUGCUCAAGAAUGUCAACAAUACCCUUCCUCUCAAGGCUCCAAAGGUGAUUGCCAUUUUUGGUAAUGACGCUGGUGAGCCAGCUCCUGGAUACUUGAAUCAAAACAAUUACGAGGCCGGAACACUUGUCGCCGGUGGUGGUUCUGGAACUGGUCGCUUGACAUCCUUGGUUACUCCACUGGAUGCUUUGAAGGCUCAAGCGCUGAAGACCGGCGCAAUCAUCGAGCCGUACCUUAACAACACUUUGAUUGCGGAUACAGAUAUCCAAACUCUCCUUAACCCCGGACAACCAGACGUAUGUCUUGUCUUCUUGAAGACCUGGGCCGAAGAGGCUGCCGACCGCAAGUCUCUAGAUACCGACUGGAGAGGAAAUGAUGUCGUGGAGAGCGUCGCAUCUUAUUGCUCCAACACUGUCGUAAUCACUCACUCCUCCGGCAUUAACAACCUUCCCUUCGCCAAUCACACCAACGUCACUGCCAUCCUCGCCGCCCAUUUCCCAGGUGAGCAAACCGGUAACUCAAUCGUAGACGUCCUUUACGGCGCAGUCAACCCAUCCGGAAAACUCCCAUACACAAUCGCCCUCGAGAUCGACGAUUACAACGCUCUGCCACUCACUUCUGUCAACUCAACCGACCCAUACGCAUGGAACAUCUACUUCGAAGAGAAGCUUGAGAUUGACUACCGCUACUUUGACGCCCAAAACAUGUCCGUCCGAUACGAAUUCGGUUUUGGUCUCUCUUACACAACCUUCUCAGUCUCAGACUUGACCUUCCUUAAGUGUGGAAACGCCACAGUCACAUCUGUUGCCCCAGCAGGUGCUGUUAACCCAGGUGGUAACGAAGCGCUCUGGGAAACCCUAUGGUACGUCACUGUCGAAUUGACAAAUACCGGUACGGUCGCAGGCGCAGAAGUUCCACAACUGUAUCUCAGUUUACCAGCAUCCGCACCAGCUGGAACCCCACCAAAGCAACUCCGUGGAUUCGAGAAGGUCUACCUCGAGCCUGGUGCGUCGUCCACCGUCACGUUCCCAUUGAUGAGACGUGAUCUCAGUUAUUGGGAUAUCAUCUCCCAGGACUGGCUCAUUCCCGAGGGAGAGUUUGGUUUCAGUGUUGGAUUCAGUAGUCGGGAUAUCAAGCUGACUGCUGGUUUGACUGUUGUUUGA